UACAUAGUGAAAUUGAGCAACAACAAUAAACAUUCAGAACUGCUAUACAUAUACAAAACUUGAAAAGCAGAAAAAAUUAUUUAAGUGUGUGGCAAGCCAGGUUUUCAAUAAGGAAUGCUUGAGUACACAGAUAUUCAAUAACUUUGAUCACAUGUGGGCUUGUUACUCACUACCUGAGCCUGCCUCUGUUUCACAUUGUCAGGUUCUCUCUAAGCACCAGCUGAUGCUAAAAUCUUGAAUUUUUAUUUAGCUAUAAAUAUCUUAAUAUUUAAAAAAAUGUUAAUGGCAUUAAAUGACUUGGUGAUCUCCUCCUAAGCUAUUUUUUUUUUUCAUGUGAAGGCUAGCUGGGUUUGUUGAGUGGUCUUGCAAGUCUUUAUUCUCUUUUACAAGAUUGAGAAUCAUUAUUCUCUGUUCGUGUGUGAGUGGCGAGGCCCGGUCACGGCUUCUUCCCUCCAUUCUUGUAGCGGGCAUUGUUGUUUUGUUGUUGUUCGUGGAGCUCAAAUCCGGAUUACAGUCAUACCAAUACCGAAACAACUGUUACCAACUCUUGUUAGUGGCAGACCUCUCGCGGCCCUACCUUCCACGGCCACAUCUUACAACACCAGCGUCCAGGGAGUGUGGCGAUGGCGGUGGUGGUGGUGUGUGUGUGUGUGUGUGUGUGUAGUGUGCUGGUGUAUCUCGGUGCCAGCGUCACCAUGAGGAGGAGGAGGGCGUGGAACAGAUAUGCACUGGAGCCACUGUCUGCUGUGGUGCCCCAUUUCAAAACAUCCACUGCAGGAGUGGUUCUGGAGGUGGUGAAGUUUGGUGGAGUAGCAAAAAGUAACAGAACUUACGACAUUUUGAAGGUUUCUGAUGGUUCCAUUGCCAAGUGAGGCCAAAAACAGAACCACAUCCUUGUCAAAGUGUCUCAUAAUGAUGGACGUGAUUGGCCCGACGGUGGAACGCCAGAGGUGGGCCGGGUUGUGGCCUUCAAGGAUAUGAAGCUUGUGAAGAAGACUGUUUAUCCAUUGGAAGAUAAGCUCGAGCUGUUCUGAGGGUUAGUGACAGCACCAACACCUCUUCCCGAUUUGAAGAGUUUGUGAGUGACCCAAGAGAGGUGGAGGAGGAGGAGCAUCAGAGGCUGUUUGGUGCCAUUGGAAGCUCAGAGGUGGACAUCCUGGUGCUGGUGGACGGACAGCUUUCUCUGGUGGUGCUUGAGCUAAAGGACGGCAAGUUGAUGCGUCUCACAGGGCUGGAGUGUGAGAAGGUCAGCUCUUGUCAGCGCAGACUGCUCUUCAGGAUGGCUAGUGACCCCAAACCAGACCAGGCACAGAUGUUGGUGGAGGACACACCAGCCUCAGUCACUGCUGCUGCUGCCACCACAGCCACUCCACCUGCUCCACCUGCCACUCCACUAGCACUGAAUGUGGAUUCUGAUGUGUUGGAGUUCACGAGGGAAAUGGUGGAGCAAAGAAGCACUGCCAGACCAGGGUGCCACCCUCCUCUCGAACACAUAUGCAAACCAUCCUUGUUGAGAACACUGCACCCUCAACACACCCCAUGAAGUCAACACCCUGCACCAACACACCACGUUCCACCGUCGGGCCAAUCACGUCCAUCAUUAUGAAACACUUUGACAAGGAUAUGGUUCUGUUUUUGGCCUCGCUUGGCAAUGGAACCAUCGGAAACCUUCAAAAUGUCGUAAGUUCUGUUAUUUUUUGCUACUCCACCAAACUUCAUCACCUCCACAACCACUCCUGCAGUGGAUGUUUUGAAAUGGGGCACCACAGCAGACAGUGGCUCCAGUGCAUAUCUGUUCCACGCCCUGCUCCUCCUCAUGGUGAUGCUGGCACAGAGAUAC